CGCACGCCCCGCCCUGCGCUAGCAGUAGCGGUAGCAGCGGCUUGUCUAUUCUCAUUCAACAUCAGCCCGAUCUCGCUCGUGUUGCUUGUGCUAACCACUGCUGGAGCUAUGGGAAUAAAUGCAACCGACAUUGAGGACCAGUCGCUUCUUCCCUACUACUUGAAGCCCGUCGACCUGGCGAGAGGUUUCUGCCGCGGUGGGGCGGCGGGCGCCGGUAUAACCGAACAAUAAAAAACCGAGAUACAGUCGGCGGCCGUCCGUAUGGGGGGGUGGAUGCCGAUUCUAGCGCAGUAGAGGUGCGUCGAGCGGGGCCCCGGCACAAUGCGGAGUGAGGGGACUCGCCUCACACAAACACGGUAAAAUGAACCAGGGUGUGUGCUAUGGACGCCUGGCAGCUCCGGCAGUGGCCACCAGCGAACUCUUCACCGCCUAGCCCUGCCAGCAAUGGGAGCUUUUAGCUUGUUGUGGUGCUUUCUUCCUUCUUUCGCAGCUUGGACCGCAGCGACGAUGCAUUGGAGCAUUCUGACGCUGCUGUUUGUGUUGCUUGGUGACAUUACAGCUCAAGUAGAACCUGCUGCAAAGGCUGCUGUGCCCCUUUCUGGUAAAUACCGUCACUAUGAUCGUGCAACAGGGAAAGAAAUUUACUGUAAUAAGUGCCCUGCGGGAACCCAUGUGUCUCAACAUUGCACAUCAACAUCGUUGCGUGUCUGUAGCUCCUGUAAAAAUGGCACUUACACUAAGCAUGAGAAUGGCAUUGAUCAAUGUCACACCUGCAGGCCUUGCGUGGCCCCAAUGAUUCAGAAAUUCCCCUGUACUGCCUUCUCUGACCGUGAGUGCACUUGCCCACCUGGAACUUUUCUGUCCAACAAGAUCUGUGUAGCUUAUACAGUUUGUGCAAUUGGUUGGCGCGUGAGGAAGAAGGGAAGCGAGACAGAAGAUGUCAAGUGUAAACAAUGCCCUCGUGGCACUUUCUCCAAUGUGCCUUCUAGUCCGAGGUGCAAACCACUCACCAAUUGUUCAGAGCAUGAUCUGGUGAUCUUACAACGAGGAAACCAGCGAAGGGAUAACAUCUGUGGCUUGCCAAGCACAAGUCAAAGUACGACUAACUCUUCAAGCACAGAACCAACUCGCCGCAACAAUGGAGUUCUUCCUGAUGCCUCCACUCCAUCAGGUAUUCCUAACUGGCUGAGCACCACUGCGACAUCUGCAACAACAAAAUCAAACAGUGGAGUGAGCAAAGAAGCACAGCUUUGGCAUUCUCCCCAUUCAGGCCCAAAUUCACCUCUGUCUGCUGGGGUGAAUUUUCAACCAGUCGUGGAAAGCUCAAGAGUUGGUGCUGACUUCAGACCUCCCAGGAAAGGCCCACCGCGGCCAAGCGCACACAAGCACUUUGACAUAAAUGAGCAUUUGCCGUGGAUGAUCGUACUGUUUCUGCUGUUGGUGCUGGUGGUGACAGUAGUUUGCAGUAUCAAGAAAAGCUCCCAUGCGCUGAAGAAAGGUCCUAAACAGGAUCCCAGCAGCAUCGUUGAAAAAGCUGGUCUCAAGAAGCCUAUUUCCCCUAGCCCAAAUAAAGAAAAAUGGAUUUAUUAUUGUAAUGGGAAAGGUGUUGACAUCCUUAAACUUGUGGCAGCUCAGAUUAGUAGCCAGUGGAAGGACAUCUAUCAGUUUCUUGCCAAUGCAGCUGAACGAGAAGUAUCAGCUUUCUCCAACGGGUAUUCAGGAGAUCAUGAACGAGCGUAUGCUGCCUUACAACACUGGACCAUUCGAGAUCCUGAAGCCAACCUGGCAAAGCUCAUUAGUGCUCUUCGUCGCUACAAGCGCAAUGAUGUUGUGGAAAACCUCAGAGGACUAAUGGAAGAUACCUCCCAGCUGGAUCUUGAGAAACUUGUUCCAGUUCUCAACAACAAAAAUGGAGUCGUUCCCAAUCCUGCUGUUCCCAGUCCUGCUGUUCCCAAUCCUGCUGUUCCCAAUCCUGCUGUUGAGCCAUCAUCUGCUGACAAGACAAAAGUGUUUUUUGUUGAUGAAUCAGAACCCUUACUUCGCUGUGACUCAACUUCCAGUACUUCAUCUUCAGUUCUCAGCAGAACUGGAUCUUUCAUUUCCAAAGAGAAAAAAGACACCAUUUUACGCCAGGUACGUUUAGAUCCUUGUGAUCUGCAGCCUAUAUUUGAUGACACGCUUCAUAUUCUUAACCAGGAGGAGCUCGGAGUGAUAGAAGAGAUUCCACAUGCCGAGGACAAGCUGGAUAAGCUGUUCGAGAUUGCUGGAGUGAAGAGUCAGGGUGCCAGUCAGAAACUCCUGGACUCUGUUUAUAGCCACUUACCAGACCUCCUUUAAUCUUGUGCAGCAUUGUAUGUGAUUGGUCAUAUUUAUUGAUGGCAGUAACGGUUGGUCAGUGCCAGUAAAGUGAAAGAAAGCUUGAACUUGUUCAGGCUGCAUGUGGCAUUUAGCCCAUCAAAGUGGUGAUUAUCUUGGGCCAUUCACUUUGUACUCUGGAAUUAGAAGUUUGCUUCCACUUUAUAGAAGCAUGGCAUCCAUCUGGCAUGUAGAAGCCAGUCAUUUGGCCCUCCUUUCGUUAUUUUCGUUAACUGAAAUUUCAUUCAAAGGCAAAUUGUGUGCACUUUUGUAUUCCAUUUACUGUAUUUUACUAGUAUGGAUUAUAUUGUGUACUCAUGCACUAACUUUUAAGCAAUUCCUGAAGUAAAUUUGGAAUAGUGAUGUCUUCUAUGGAGCUUGCUUUGAUUCAGCUUUUGUUCCUUAAAUGCGCUAAAGUCUGGUCUCUAAAUGUUCAUUUUCUGCUUUUUAAUGCAAGAAUCAUCAUUUCUAUUUUCAUUUUUCCACUUGGUUUUUACUGAUUUGUUUUACUUUUUGCUGUUGAAAUGGCUGCAGACUUAGCUCUGAUUUACUAAUUGAUAGCUAAAGGUCAGAGCUUUAAUAAUCAAUGUAGUACUUGAAACAAGCUGUUGUACUAGUUAACUUCACCUUUUACAUGUAUUUUCAACAGCUGUCAAAAAAAUGAUUGAGGGUCUGACUAGAACUGCUGUAUAGAAUAUUAUAAAAUGAUUCCAGCACAUUGUGUAGAAUUGUCAAAGCUGGAUGAGUACUGUUAAUGAGAGAAACUAUUUUGUAGUGAUCUUUCCAAAAAAAGAGAAUUGUUGACAGGUUGCUUCACCAGUUGGGAUGAUGUAGCUGGUUAUAUAUUGUGCAGAACUGGUGCUCAAUUGCAGAUCUUUUGACAAUUUUAGUGGUACUAAUGUUGUCACCUGCUACUAGCAGUAUGUGUGUGUGUGAGAGAGAGAGAGAGAGCAAAACUAUUUUUAGCAAUCUGUGCAGCAAAAGUGGGAAGGGAUGUGCUUGUUUUGGUAUUUUUUUUAAAAACUACUUGGAACAAGUCUGUUACCAGUCCAGAAUGAUACUAAUUUAUUCAGGGUACAAAUAUUUGAGUGUUUAUUAUGAUAAAUGGUAAAAUCAUGCUGCAUUUAAUUUCACUCAAUAUAUAGUGAUGUAAACUACUAAUGAGAUGCAUCCAAAUAAAAGUUCAAACUGCUUUUUUCCACAA